UCAAGACUUGGAGUUAGCAGAAUGGGUUUUGGGAGGGUUGGUUGGGUUAGAGACUCAAAGCUAUCAUCGGGGUCUCCUUUACAGUUUGGGUCAUGGGCUAAGGUUGAUGGAAGUGGGCCUUCAAUCCUGCCUGCUUCUGCAUAAGAUCUGGGUCUCUCUAGGGCCCAGAGCUCCCACUUUGCUACCCCUAAUCUACUUCCAAGGAUGGGGUAACUUGUCCUUGAGGUUCGAUAACUCCACUGUAGGGGGUGAUGAUGCUAGGGUGAGGAAGACCUUAGUACUUUUCCUCUCCAGACACUACCCAUCCCUUACUGGACUCCUGGGUAAUUAGUUCUUGUUCUAUAUAUGUAGGAAAGAAAGGGGAAGGAGAAGGAAAGCCAACCGGAGAGGGAGAGUGGAGGGCGGGGCGUAAGAGAGAGUGAAGGAAGGCGAGAGCCCUGGGCGGGAGCGGAGGCGGGGCUGGUCUACACGUCCCAGCUGCAGCGGCAGAGCCUGUGCGCUGCAGAACCCAGUCCGCGGACUCAGUCUGGAGGGUCACAUCCUGCUGCAGAGAGCGCUGGAGCGUGGCAUCUCGGCAUUCCGCUCCGCACCGGGGAGCAGAGCCAGCAUCAGGACGCGCAGGGAAGGGAAGACGCUAACGAACAAGGGAGAGAGCAGAGUCCUCUGAGAGCCAGCCGGACCAAAGCCCAGCUUACUGAGACAAGGGUUCUGCAUCACUCCCUUAGCUCCACAGACCGGGCCCUGCACCGCCUUCCUUGCCGGGCCUGGGCUGGCAUGGGGUAGGGAAGGCGUCGUGGAGCUGAGAGAUGGGCCGCUCCCUCGGCACAGAGCGGCCCCUUAGGCUCAAAGCGGCCUGACCGUCGGAGACACUGGGGCCCAGCAGGAGCCCCUAAACUGGCUAGAUUGAACAGAUGAUGACCCAGUGUUCCAGAAUGGACUCUGUGGGGGCAAUGGCUUCACUGAUUCCACUGACCCCAUAUCUGAGCCCUACAGUCCUACUGCUGGUCAGCUGUGACCUGGGGUUUGUCCGAGCAGACCGACCUCCUUCCCCUGUGAAUGUGACUAUCACUCAGCUCAAAGCCAAUUCUGCCACCGUGUCCUGGGAUGUUCCAGAGGGCAACAUUGUCAUUGGCUACGCCAUCUCCCAGCAAAGACAGAAUGGACCUGGACAGCGGGUGAUCCGAGAGGUGAACACCACUACUCGAGCCUGUGCCCUUUGGGGCUUGGCUGAAGACAGUGAUUACACCAUACAGGUUAGGAGCAUUGGUCUUCGGGGGGAAAGCCCCCCUGGGCCUCGGGUCCACUUUCGAACUCUCAAGGGCUCCGACAGACUGCCCUCAAACAGUUCAAGUCCAGGUGACAUCACUGUUAAGGGUCUGGAUGGCGAACGAACUCUGCAGACAGGGGAAGUGGUCAUCAUCGUGGUGGUGUUGAUCAUGUGGGCAGCUGUGAUCGGACUAUUCUGCCGUCAGUAUGACAUCAUCAAGGAUAACGACUCCAACAAUCCCAAGGAGAAGGGAAAGGGGCCAGAGCAGAGCCCUCAAGGUCGGCCAAUGGGGGCCAGACAGAAAAAGUCACCAUCCAUUAACACCAUUGAUGUCUGAAAGAAAUGGAACCAAAAGAGAGAGAUGGACCAAGAAUGGUGAUAAAGACUCAGAUGGUCUUCUACCUAAGAGAGAAGGAUCCUACCCCCUUCCUUACAGCUGAACCAGAGGGGAUAAUUAGCAUUCCUGCACACUCAAACCUGCCUCCUAUCCCCCUUUCUCACUGUAAGCAGGGUCAUGAGUUCCUGGUAGGGAAAGUUUCCUUAGACUUGGAGAAUGAGUGAAAAGUGAGAGAAGUCCCUAAUGUUUCAGGUCUUGAGAGGAGCAAUUUGUCUAACCUUAUCCCAUGAAGCCCAAGAAAGCAAAUGACCUACUUCACCUGCAUCAGGACAGUCAACAUCUUUAGCUGCCUCCAACCCCAGCCUCUGUCCCCAGGACUCAAAUGAGGGUCUUUCUGUGAGCUUUGGGCAGGGGGGAGGGACUGUUGGAGCCCAGGGACCAGACACCACGCUGCACUAAUCUAAUGUCUUCCAUGAAGCCUGAGGAGCUUCAUUGCCUCAUCAGGCAGCCUCCAAGAGCUGCUGGUGAUCACACACCCUUGGGCAUUUUUACAAUAAAAGGUUCUUUGGAACAAA